CUUUACCGCCCUAGAUCCAAGCAAAUCGCAAAAAUGGCCGGAGUGAAGAGAAAAGUAGCUGCGGAAGCGCCGAGCGCCAAAUCGACGAAAAAGCCGAAGAACGGGACCGUCGCCAAGAGCGAGAAGGCCGUGAAGAAGCCGCAUGAAUUGGACGACGACAUCGUCGAGUCGGAUACCACCGAGGAAGAGAAUGGGUUCUACGGGUUCUCCGCCAGUGAGGAUGGCGAUCCGAUGGAGGGCGUGACCGAAGAGCGGAGGCAGAAUAUCGCUGAGGGUAAGAAGGCCUUCAGGAAGGCGCCAAAUGCGUGGAACGGACAGGCAGGGAAGCCGGGCACUGUCCAUUCCGAGUCAUCCAAGGAAGCCCACGCGAAACAAAAGGCCCUCGCACGGGAACGCAAAGCCGCGAAGCCCAACGCCGACUCGAUCCAGCGCGCCAAGAAGCUGUGGGAGCGGCUCCGACGCCAAUCGCACGUCCCCAAGGAAGAGCGGAAAGCGCUGGUCGAAGAGCUGUUCGGCAUCAUCACCGGGCGGAUGAAGGAGUUCGUCUUCAAGCACGAUUCCGUGCGCGUCAUCCAAUGUGCGCUGAAAUAUGCGAGCAAGGAGCAGCGGCAGUUGAUCGCGGAUGAGUUGAAGGGGUACUACAAGGCGCUGGCGGAGUCGCGAUAUGCGAAGUUUUUGGUGGCGAAGUUGAUUGUCGAAGGAGACAGCAACAUCCGCGAGACGAUCAUAUCCGAGUUUUACGGUCACGUUCGCCAGAUGAUCAACCAUUCCGAAGCGUCCUGGAUCCUCGACGACGUCUACCGCGGGGCCGCCAACUCGAAGCAAAAAGCCUUGCUCCUCCGCGAGUGGUACGGCGCCGAAUUCGCCCUCUUCAAACACAAAGAUGGCGACGCGGCGCCCACCGCCGACCUCGCCAAUAUCCUUGCCGCCUCCCCCGACAAGCGUAAACCCAUCAUGCAAUCCCUCUUCCACCUCAUCAACCAGCUCCUCCAGAAGCAAAUGACCGGCUUCACUAUGCUCCACGAUGCCAUGCUGCAAUACCUCCUCGCCCUCCCCCCGGCCUCCGCCGAGCUCACCGAAUUCAUUGCCCUCCUCCGCCCCAACCCCCCCGCCAAAAAGGACCCCGCCCCCGACGAUGGCGCCGACGACGCCGAGCUCAACCUCCUCAAAAACCUCGCCUUCACUCCGUCCGGAUCUCGCGUCUACGCCCUCAUCCUCGCACGCUCCGCCGCCGCCGACCGCCGCCACCUCCUCAAGCCCUUCAAAGGCAUCGUCGCCUCCAUGGCCCUCGACCCCGCCGCCCACCGCGUCCUCCUCGCCGCCUGCACUGUCGUCGACGAUACCAAGCUCCUCAACACCCUCAUCUUCGCCGAGCUGCUCGGCAAAUCGCCCACCGACGAGUCGGUGCCCACCACCGUCCUCGAGCUGGCCACCCACGAAUUCGGCCGCAUCCCGCUGCUCUACCCGCUCGCCGGCACCGCCGGCUGGUUCCUCCCGAAGCCCGACGCCGAGCUCGUCGCCGAAUGCGUCGCCGCGAGCGCGGACACCAGCAAGAAGGACGGCGCGGUGCGGCGCGCCGAACUGGUGACCGCAAUCUCGCCGUUCUUGCUGGCCACGGUCGAAGCAAAGGCGGCGGAGCUCGUGGCGUCGAGCUACGGGUGCCAAUGCGUGCUGGAGACGCUGCUGUCCGCGACGGGGGAGAAGCGCGGCGCGGCGGACGCGGUGGCGGCUCUGUGCGCGGGGGAUCCGAGUGCGGAGGGGCAUUUGGUGAAGACGACGCAUGGGAGUCGGAUGGUGAAGACGUUGGUGCAUGGGGGGAUGUACGACAAGGCGGCAGGGAAGGUGGUGGUGAAGGAUGCGGAGCUGGGGUUCGCGGAGCGGUUGUGGAAGACGAUCAAGGAUCAUGUGGUGGAGUGGGCCGGUGGAGAGGGGGCGUUUGUGGUGGUGGCGAUGGUGGAGACGCAGAGAUGGAAGGGGAGGGAGCAGUUAGUGAAGGCAUUGAAGGGGAAGAAGAAGGAGUUGGAGAAGAAGUCGAAGAAGGAAUCGGAAGGGGUGAAGAAGGGGAAGAAGGGGGAAAAGGCGGAGGUGAAGGAAGGGAACGCGGGCACGAGGCUUUUGUUGGAGCGGUUGGAUGCGAAAUAAGAGCCCAGUGUGGCGUAGAAUGUCACUAUGCAAUGGAAUGGAGUUUGACUUUUAGUUGCGAUUUACUGUUACCUUACAUAUCGUAUCGAAGUUCUGAUUAAGACAUGC